AGGUGUCUUCCUCCAGGAGGAAGAACAGGAAACGCCACUUUAAUGCGCCCUCUCACAUCAGAAGAAAAAUAAUGAGUGCUCCUCUCUCAAAAGAUCUUCGCACUAAAUACGGUGUUAGAAGUAUGCCAGUUCGCAAGGAGGAUGAAGUACAGGUCGUCCGCGGUCAUUACAAGGGACAACAGAUUGGCAAAGUAGUUCAGUGCUACCGUAAAAAGUUCGUCCUUCACAUUGAAAGAAUCCAACGUGAAAAAGCUAACGGAGCUACCGUCAACGUUGGCAUCCACCCAAGCAAAGUCGUAAUUGUUAAGUUGAAAUUGGACAAGGACCGUAAAAAGAUUUUAGAUAGAAAGAAGUCUCGCAAGGCGGCUUUGGAGAAGGGAAAGCAUACUGAAGAAAGUAUCAUGGAAACCCAAUAA